GCAGCCUCCCCCGCUCCGCCGGGCUUAGUUAGAGUCCUGCAGCCGGGGAGGGAGCGAGCGAGUGCGCGCCAGCAGCCGGGAGUCGCGCAGGGAUUUUCUCCGUUCCCUUUUGCGCUGCAGAGACGUUGGCCGGUGCGCCCCGCUUCGCCCCUCGACGCCGUCAUGAGGGAGAGGAGAGCGCCUCAGCCGGUGGUGGCCCGCUGCAAGCUGGUUCUCGUCGGGGAUGUGCACUGCGGGAAGACUGCCAUGUUGCAAGUGUUGGCCAAGGACUGCUACCCGGAGGUAAGUGGACCAGCCGGGAUCGGGGCCUCCGCUUGCAGGAGGCGUCGGGGGUCGGGCCUGGGGCUGGCCUGGAUCGUCGGGGUGCAGACGUUGCAUCGCCCCUUCUUUAUUUGGCCCGCGCCUUGCUUUUCACUUUGGGGAAGCUCCGACGCAGCGGCCCCCGAUCCGGCGGAGACCGACUUAGCUUCGACGGCGUGACGGCGUCCCGCGCCUCCAGGGACUACGAUGCGACGUUGCCUCCACGGCUUUCCAGGCCCUCUUCUGCCUUGGGCACCGAUUCUCUUUUCUGUGGAGCUGAGCGCUGGAGAGGGCUUGCUGUUUCGGAAGGGGCGCGCGCGUUGCUGUUGUAUCUCAUCUGCUCGCACAGCAGGCAAUAUGGCCUCGCCCCCCCCCCUUCUGUGAAAUGGGCUUGAUGCACAUAGCUGCGCACUAACCGGCUUCUGCCCAUCGGCGUCUGAUGAUGCGUGGAUGGGGUGUCCGGACACCCACAACGUCGGGUGCUGACCCCACCGCUGUUGGUACUUGAAGGUACUGACCUCUCUGCCCUCCAGAUCCUUGGAUAUCGGUAACGUUCUCCUGGCAGAGCUUGACACUGUAGCUGACAGUUCUUCCACCCCCACCCAAAAAGUUAUAGCUAAUGCCUUUGUGUAUCUUGUCUCCAUUGCUAGACAUACGUGCCCACGGUUUUUGAGAACUAUACGGCGUGCCUGGAGACGGAGGAGCAACGGGUGGAGCUCAGUCUGUGGGACACAUCUGGUGAGGCUCCCUUUCCCCUUCUGGACUAUGCCCCACUGCUAAGGACCAAGCUACACCCUUCGGCUAUGCUGCAGUCAAGCAGCCUUUCUAGAGGGGGUAACUUGUGGCAAUAAUAAGAAUAAUUCAACUUGUAUACCGCCCUUUUAAUAAGAUCCCAGAAAGGUGAACAAUACAAGUGAAUCAGUUCUGAGAACAGAUAUAGAUGAGGAAGUGAGGAUUUCUCAAGGGCUCAGUGUGGGGUGAGGCGUGGGGAGCAUCCUGUCUAGUCGAUGUUUCUGUCUCUUGGUCUACUUUAGCUUUGGGUAUGGGAGAAUACAGUGAUAACAGUGGGUGUGGAUUAAAUUCUGUUCUACCCACCUAGAUCUAAGGGAAGGAUCUUGCUAGCCUGAGUAAAUGGCUUUGAAUCAUGUGUGUGUUAGUUAGAAGGGGUGGGGGGGGUUCUUCAUAAUUCAGAGCUUUGGGGGUGGGGAGAACGUGUUAUGCACUGCAGUCCUGAGCUGAAAAAAGGGGACUUCUAGCAUUGGUAUGCAGAGCUGAUGGCUCCUGCAAAGGAGGGAGGAGUAGGUGAGGCAAAGACUUUAGACCAUCUUAGAGUUGGAAUCCUGGACAAAAAAGAACCAAGACCCCAUGUUUAGGGGCUGCUGCCCUAAAAAGCAACUUGUUUGUGUGUGUGCACAGCUGGACAGCUGUGUGCAAUAUCUUAAAUCUGCCCUUCGAGCUGUUAGAAAGAGAGACUCCAGUCCCUCAGGGCUGAAGUAAAAAUGCAGUAAUCCUCUUUCCUGCCACCCCCAUUCGGCUCCCCCAAGACUCCCGUUUGUUCCCACAUCUUCUGCAAGAUGUGAAAGCUACUGAAAGGUCUGUGAUCUUCCAGCUUUGCCUAUUAUUUCAUCCCCCCCUCCUGUGGAAUGCAGAGGGGAGGAGAUUUGUCCAUUGUGUGCAUGUUAAGGAGGAGGGAUUCCAGGGCAGAGGGGGCUUGGUGUGGACUUUGGUCGUGAAAUUGGGAGGAAAUGGACACUAACAAUAAGGGGCUCUCAAAGGGUAUUGUAUGCGCGCGUGGAGAGGGGUGUAGUGGAGUUGCCCUAGCAACCAGGGAUGGGGAAUGGCUGCAGCAUCCCCUCUUUUGAAGGGGGCUGGAGGUGGUGGGGGUCCCUGGCUACUCGGAUCCCCCUUGUUGCCAUGGUGAUUGUGCUGGUGCAGGGAGCCAGGGGCUGCUUGCUAUUCUGGGCACGCAGCGUCUGGGCUGCAGAAGCAUUUUGGAUGCUGCUGCUGCUGCUGCUUCGAAGAGGGGGGUGCUGUGCGAUCCUAUUCCUCUUCUUCCACCCCUUUGCGUCUACGCAGCAGUUCCCCACCCCCACCUCCAGUUCUUGCAUCCGUAACAUCCCUUACACAUAUGCAACCUUUUUUUAUCUAUUCUCGCUGAUGAGUGGGUUGCUAAGCAACCCGUUCCUCCCUGUAUGUUGCAUCUCCCCCCCAAAAAAAAAUCCCUGGGAAAAACGGGAGCCCUGCACACACACCCCCUCCUGCCCUCAAUACUGCUUGUGCAGAAGGGUAGUGGAGAGAUGGCCUUGGUUAUAUAAACCCUGGUGAAGCUAUUCCUUGAGAAGGCUGAAUAUUAAAAUGGGUGUGAGUGAGCAUGCAGAGCCCUGCAAUGUGGAGGGGAGGGUGGGUGGGUUCUUUUUACUUGCACCUAAAAGGCUUAUUCGAAUCGGAUGCUGGCUUUGAUUUGGUGGUGGUGGGAGAGAGUGUCCUGAGCUGGUUCAUGACCUUCCUCUCUGCACAGGAUCCCCAUACUAUGACAAUGUGCGCCCCCUGUGCUACAGCGACUCAGAUGCGGUCCUGCUCUGCUUUGAUGUCAGCCGCCCUGAGACCAUGGACAGUGCACUGAAGAAGGUGAGAGAGAUGCGUGCUCCUCCCCAUUCCCCGCCUCCCCUUACUAUAAGGCCUGAGGGUCGGAUUGGGGGUACCUGCUGGCACGGAGUUUAAUGCUCCACAAGCCAGACUUACAUGCCUCCUGGGAAGAGAGGCAUCCUUAAGGGGGUCAUUGGUCCCUGACCUACAUGGGAAGCAUCCAUGCUUCCUCUCAGAUCUUGUGAAAUCCAUGAGCAUCCAGGCAUAGUUAUACGGGGGGGGGGGGGGGCUCUAAUGCAGUUCCCCCAGUGUAGAUUCAUAGAACUGUAGAUUUGGAAGGGAUGAUGAGGGCAGGGCCUUGCAGAGUCAGGCAGAGGUCCAGGCCAGGUAGAUAAUGUGCCCCCCUUUUUUUACCCUGGGGAUAACUGAAGUCUUAUAAAUAAGUAAGUAUAUAAAUAAUUUUCACAAAAGUUAUGCUGACAAAUAAUUGUAUUUCAAGGCUUGAACCGUAUCUGCAUAUAAAGACAAAAUGGAAAAUAUAAAUAUACAAUAGUGACUAUGCUGACCAAAGCCCCCUUUGGAAUCGGAGGCCCGGGCCAAGUGGCCCAUAUGCCCCCCCUCUGUCUGGGCCUGCAUGGGGGUCAUCUAGCCCAACCCCCUGCAAUGCAGGAAUCUUUUUGCCCAGUUUGGUCUCGAACCCAUGACCCCGAGAUUAAGAGCCUUAUGCUCUACCAGCUGAGCUAUCCCAGCUGUACUUGUAUCCAGAUCUCGGAGACCCUUUAGUCAAAGUAUGGUGCACGGGGGGAAUUGGCUCCAUGUUAAUAUUUCUUCCAUUUUAACUUUACAUGCAUAUAUAUACAAUACUGAGAGCUAUUUAGGCCUGGGCAUACACAAGCACAGUAUAAACGAGGUGCCCAACUUUAUUAUGGAGUCUGCGCAUUCCGCAAAACUCAUCCCUGUGUUUCCUCCCACCUCUCCCCAACCACUGUUUGAAGAAGAAUGGCCUUCAAGACUACAGAUGGUCUUGGAGAUCCAGGUUGUCUGGGAGAAUUAUGGGGCAAUAUUUUGAAAGGCCAUAAAACACAGCAUGAGAGGCUGCCUUGCCCAGUGUUGUCUAUUUUGACUUGGCAUCUGCUCUCAAGCCCUACCUAGGGCUGCCGUGGAUUGAACCUGGAACCUUCUGCAUGCAAAGCAGGACUGCUGAGCCCAGGACCCUGCCUAAUAUCCUGUGUCCCCAGAGUUGAAAGUGACUUGCCACAUCAUCUAUUCUCUCCUUUCAGCCACCUAAACAAAUGCAUUUCUGCCUCUCCUUAAAGGCCUCCAGCACCCACAAUUUCUACAUGCCAUACGGACAAUUGCAAAUGGAUAGCGCUGCUGUUCCCCCUACUUAACUUUUCCUCCCUGGUCUUCAAUAAAUACUCCAGCAAGGUAUCCCUAAAGUCCUGGUCUCUAUCAGCCUAACAUAUAAAAAAACAGUUCUUAGUUUCCAACUUGAAUUUCUUGCCACUUUGAGCCGUUAUAUUUAGAAACGUCUCUGUUCACAAUCCUUUCAUGUUUGUACAUACUUGCUGCUUUAAAUCUAUGUGCAGAGUAUUCUAAGCUGGCACUCCUUGUAUAGUAAGGCAGUCAAUGAGUCCUGUAGUUGAGUCCCAUUACUUGUGAGCCAUAUGACACAAAUUCAUUGGUAGCAUCUAAUGGAUUCUUUGGUGGGUUAAAACACAUUAAAAGCACAAAUCCAGAGAAGUCAAUUGCCAAAGGAGUAUAGGAUGGCUAUUAAGGGGGAAAUGUGCGCUGAUCCACUUGUUCAGGAAGCUGCAGAGUAUACGCUGCCUGACAGCUAAUCCCAAAGUUCGUGUUACUUUCUUCUGCUAGAAAUUGCAUUUUUUUCAUAGCCUAUCCUGCUCAAGGAAAGAGAGGAGGUCUUUAAAGUCUUUUGAAAGAGGUUUGGCCUAAGAUAUGACUAUAUUAAUAACACCAAACCAACUGAUCUAUAAAGGAUAUUAUCCUUCAGUUUCUUUUCUGGUAAUUAAAAUCUGCCUUUAGCUAUUUAGGACUGUGAUCCUGGAUUUUUAGGUUCUGGGGCUGCUUCUCUAUUCUUAUUUCCACAAAUGCUCUGUAAUUCUUGUCAUGCAUAACUGUUGGAUGGUGAGGGGGCUAUAGAGAUUGCUUCCAGGUGUGCCCAGUCUAUGGGAGUGAGAGAGAGAGAGAACACAUUUGAAUUUUCACACAGAACUCUUGACACUGUUUUUUAAAAUCCCAUGCCCACUGCAGAAAUUAAGCAAUGGCAACACCAUGUUAGACUUCUCCCAGUUAGCAAAACAGCUUGUUAAGUGAGCCCCAGAGGACGGGACAGCUUGCGUCAUGGUGAUGUGGCAAUAUCUCUACCUGGGACACGUUUUGAGUCUUGGAAUGCUAGAGGGUUCAAUUCCUCUUUGGUAUUGAGCCAGCGUGGUGUAGUGGUUAAGAGCGGUGGCCUUGUAAUCUGGUGAACUGGGUUUGCUUCCCCGCUCCUCCACAUGCAGCUGCUAGGUGACCUUGGGCUAGUCACACUUCUCUGGAGUCUCUCAGCCUUACUCACCUCACAGAGUGUUUGUUGUGGAGGGAGGAAGGGAAAAGGAGAAUGUUAGCCGCUUUGAGACUCCUUUGGGUAGUGAUAAAGUGGGAUAUCAAAUCCAAACUCCUCCUCUUCUAUGUUUAUCUAGUGGAAGACAGAAAUCCUGGACUACUGUCCUAGCACCCGUGUGUUGCUGAUUGGCUGCAAGAUAGACCUGCGCACCGACCUCAGCACCUUGAUGGAACUGUCCCACCAAAAGCAAGCCCCUGUCUCUUAUGAACAGGUAAGGUCUGCACCUACACACCCACCCCAGUAUGAAUCCCUUCCUUGAGCAGUAGAUGUCUUCUUCUUUUUUAGUCUUCUGUGCUUAGGGUUUUACUUACACCUGUAGAUAUGAUGGCACACAUGAUUAAAUUCAAGCUCAAAUUCCUUCCUCAAGUCGUUGGGUUUUUUUUGUUUUAAGUUAUCCCUCAAGGAAUUUGAGCUUGAAUGUGCUUCCUUGCAAACUGAAAUUAGCUUUGUAUACAACUUAAAAAGGCAUUCUGAACAUACCCUCACAAAAGGAUUCCAACUAAGAAUGAUAUUUUCAAUCUAUAGAUAAGUAUAGAUAUAUAUCUAUGCAGUCUUAGAAGUCCUAGGUUGGGUAGAAUAACACUCCAAUUGCAUAUACCAACUACAAACAUUUCUUUAAAAUCCACUGGGUAUAUAAACUGCAAGCUUCUCUGCAAAGGCUUACUCCAACUAUAAUAAAGUGGCCUUGCUGAAAUACAAAUACGCUGAGGAAUUUGAAAUUUAAUAGAACUUUGAUAUCUUGAAUGUUGGGAGUAUGGUCCUUUUGUUGGAACUGUCUUGGGAGGAACAAGCCACCGUAGGAACAUCCCUCCUUGAGAUGGAUAUUGGCAGCUUCAUGGCACCUGGGCUGUGGUUUGACUAUAGGACUGUUUCAAAUCCAAUGCUCAAGUGCGAUGCAUUUCAGAAUGCUACAUUCUGGCAUCUGCAUCUUGGCUUUACUGUUCGUGGUUUGUUUUGGGGAAAGCAAACCACAAUCCUAGUUUCAAAUGACAAUCCGGACUCUGGCUUGUUUCCCAGUGGGGCAGGAGUGUGGAGUGAGAACUUUUCAUCAACAUGCGCCAGUGCGCUGCAUGUUCAUAGCAAACCACAGUGCUCCAUCUAACUAUGGCUUAAUAAUUUUAUUCAGCACAGUUCUAUGCCACCCUUCAUUGCAGGACAGUUUGCAGUAUAAAAACACAAAAAUAUAUAGCAAACAAAAACAAUGAUGUGCCAACCAUCUCAACAUGUGUGUCCUAAUUUGGAGCACUAGCUCUGCUCCUUGGCUUGGGUCCUCAUGCCCUCCUCUUUUUUUCUUUCCCUUUUCAGGGUUGCGCAGUGGCCAAGCAGCUAGGAGCAGAAACCUACCUGGAGUGUUCAGCCUUCACAUCGGAGAAAAGCAUCCACAGCAUCUUCCGGACAGCAGCGUCCAUCUGCCUGAGCAAGCCUGGCCCUCAGCCCCCCAAGAGCCCAGCCCGAAGUUUCCCCAAGAGACUCCUCCGCUUUCCCAGCCGAUCUGAGCUCAUCUCUUCCACUUUCAAGAAGGAGAAAGCAAAAAGCUGCUCUGUCAUGUGAAGGGGCCGCCUACUUCCGGGGAGCAGGGGGUGGCGGUGGCAGUGGAACCAUUGCGGACACUGGGCCCUCCAGCUGGCCCUUCUGGGGUGGGGAAGGGAGAGGGCUGCCUGGCUCCCAGGGGCCAGGCCUGGAGACUCCAGAAGGAUCCCAUUCCCAACUCCCUCGCCGGCUUGAGCAAGCCUGCCGCCCCUUCCGCAUUGCAAUGCUUCCCUCCAUGCAGCUGCAGUGUGCGCUUCUUCCAGAUAGACGUGAAGCGGGGAGGGGGAGUCUGGCUGGACUGCAAAGGUGAAGGCUGGCCCAAGACCAACUGCUCCGGAAAGCCUUGGGCCUUGGCAUAGCAACAUCGUGGACAGCAGUGGCUCUGGUGGUCGUUCCACAUAGAUUUGGAAGGUUCUAAAGAAUCGCCCCCUUUCUGAUGCACAGUUAAUAUCUUUGUUUGGCCCUCUUCCCAUCAGCUGCUUGUCUCCAUUGCCUGUGUGAAGCAGGCCGAGUGCAGAUCACUUCUCCCUUCUCUCCCCCCCCCCCAAAGCCUGCCGAAUAUUGUGUCCUUCCUUUUACCCUCCUCCCUCUAGCAGAGAGGUGUCCGGGUACCCUCUCCUUCGCCUCUGCAAUUGCGGGUGGAGGGGGGUGGAGGGCAGGACGAGGGAGUGGUUGUUUUAUAGACAUUGUCUCUUUGUGUAUGGGAAGGAAAGGAAAUGGGGCAAAUCUGUUAAAUGUUCAGUGUUAUUAAAAGAAGAAACUUAUUUAUUAAUGAAAAUAUAAUGCAGAUUAACAUCCA